UGAUGUCCCAGGUGUGUCUGUGUGCAGGUGGGACAUGCCCCCAAGGUGUGGCCAGGCAGCACAUGUAUACACUCAGCACCUGCGGCAGCACAGCUACCUGUAUAUAGCUGGAGUUAUGGAUAUCUGCAUCCCUGUCACAGAAGAACUCGUGGACAGUUUUGGUGGAAGUUAUCUGCUGUACUCUGUCUAUCUGGACGGCUUCAUCCUUUUCAAGGUCCGCUACAAAGACUUAAAUUUUUGGGAUGAGCAGAUGCACAGAGUAUUUGGAAACAGACUGCCGAAAUUCCCGCCAAAAUAUUUCCUGGCAAUGACUAAGCCCAUGGUUGAUAAAAGAAGAUUAAUGCUGGAGACGUAUUUGCAAAAAAUUGUUUCAGAUCCUGUGGUUUCAGGCAGCGAGAUAUUCAUCACAUUUUUCAAGAAAUUACAGUUGGACACAUUUAAGGUGUCCACAAGAAAACUGAUCAUCGGAAUGUACUUGCCAGAUGGCAGACAGGUGAAAGUUGACACCCAGACGUCGGACACUGCGGACAGAGUGCUGGAGGCGGCUUUGUAUAAAUUACACGUGUCCAGGGAGCUAAUGGAAUAUUUCUGUCUCUUUAUUACGCACAAAGCAAGCAACGGCGACUUCACAGUGGUGAAGCGGCUUGCACACUUUGAAAUCCCAUUUAUGACUAUUUGGAACAUACAUGACGACCGGUUUCAGAUUGACAUACGCAAGAGGUAUAUGAAUCCCUACACUGAUGUGAUGUUAAUGGGGUGCAUAGCGGCUGUUGAUCUACUGUAUGCACAGGCUGUUCAAGAACUUGAAAUGAAAUGGUGCAGACCGACCGAAGAACAGAUACAGAAACUUCAGAAUUUCAUAAAAAUAGAUAAUAAAGUGCAGUUUUUGCAGCUGAUGCAGCAAGUGGAGCACUACGGUCACCUGCAGUUGGGCCCUUGCACCACAAACCACCCAGAGACCAACACCACCGUUACAGUGUCUGUGGGGAGCCAUGGAUUAUACUGCAGCUUUCAGACACCCAGCAACCAAACAGAAAUGAUCCGUCUCCCCAUCAGUAAUAUCAGCUGCUGGCACGUCACCAUGCUCCCACAAACAGAAAAACAAAAUAGAGCGCUAGAAUUCAAGUUGGAGUACAUGCAAGGACAUUCGCUGAAACGGAUCACAUUAUGGACAGAGCAGGCGUUCCUGCUCAGUAGCUGUUUAGAAAAGAUCCUCAGUGAGCAACCAGUGACUUUUAUGAAGGAGGAGCUGGAGAUUCAGGCUGGGAAAAAGACAUUGCCUAAUACAUUCACCAGAAAGCAUAAACAGACUGCGGUCUCUAAUGAGAAGGAAUCCUUUUUAUGCUACAUGAAGCAAAGUGAUGUGUUUGAGGCGACUGACUUCAACCUAUAACAGCGUUUUAAUAUUAGUAUGUUACCGGUUUUUGAUAACAUUUUCACCAAUAACAUUAUUAUGCAUUGAAUAUUUGUACACUUUUUUUUAAAUAAAUCUAAUAUUAAUUUUCUUAUUACUCAACAAAUGUUUUUUUUCUUCACACAACAUAAUAGGUUCACUUCACUAUGGAUUUAUUAAAUGUCUCAUGUACUGUAAAGAAGUAAGCCUAUAAAUGUUUUAUAAUGUCUACUUUUCUACAUAUAUUUGCUAACCAUCUAAACUGUUAUUUUAAAACUGAAAUAUAUUGAUUUGGUCUAAAGCCGUCCAUUAAUGAAUGUUUGCAAUUAUUCUAUUUACAAAUGAAUAAAUG